AUGAAUAUUUUAAAGAAAUUCAUGGAAUCUAGCCAAAAGCAGGAGCUGAUGAUGCUUUCCUCGGGACAAUUUCUCUUGUUACGUUCAGAAAAGUCACCCAAAUCAUCAGUCGAGUGCAUCUAUAAUGACGCGACAUUGAGUAUUCGAGAAGUCGGUCAAUAUGCAUUUGAAUUGCUGGUGAAGAAGAAUGCUGAUGAAGCCGAAGUUUUCAAUGGAGAUGGCUCAGAUGACUACUCUGAUGAUGCAGUAAGCAUUCUUUCGACGCAAUCCAAGAAGAAAGAAGAAGAAUGGGCAUUUCCGAUAACAGAAGAAAUUGGUCUUCAUAAAGAAUGGAGUAAACAAGGGGAUAUGGCGUUUGUCUGGGAAAAUACCAUUGGAGACGAGACAGAUGAAAAAGUUCAAUUUAUCACUACACCCGAUAUGUCAUUGAAUGAUAUUGAUAAAUUUUUGGACAUCGUGUAUCGUUGUGAAUAUGAGGCGGAAUACAAAGAAACCGCAUCCAACGCCACUCAGAAGGAGUUGGAUGUAAUUGCUGCAAGAUCUGAGAAAUUCAAACAAGAAACGGGGGGUGACUCUGAAGAGUUUGUAGAAAAACUGCAGGCCUUGAAAGUGGAUGAUUCAUCUUCCGAUGAGAGAGAUUCUGAUGAUUUUGAAGAUGCAAAAGAGAGUCCAGAAGAUAGCAAAAUGAUGAAGAAAGGAAACAGUAAGAAUCCAAUUAGGGCUCCAAAAGGAAAACAGUUGUUUAUGAUGGUUUGCAAACUGUCACUUUUCGAUCCUGUACAAGAGCAGUUUUGCCUUCAAGAUGAAAAAGUCAGAGCGGCUGUCAUUGAGACUGGAAAAUACGAAUAUUGGUUAACUAUUGAGGGAAAUUCAAGUAGGCUGGGAACGGAUAUAGUACCAAAUAUAAAUCCCACAUUUAACUUUGAAGAAUCUGCCUUUAUUUUCAACUAUGACAUGGGCGGUGUAACGUUAUCAUAUAUGCUGCAAUUCGCUAAUAAGAUGGACUGUCGGAGCUGUCAAAUUAUUAUCUCAAAGUGUCUGUGGAUGUCACUGAAUAAAAAAUCUUGGGACAAAGUCCCGAUUGAUGAGAGAAACUACAUUCUGCACUUUUCAACCGCGGUAGAAAGAGACUUGGAUGCAAUUAUCUCAGAUAACGAUAGCAAGCAAGAAGAAUCGUCCGAAGAGGAACCAUCAGAUGAAGAGGAGAAUCAUGAAUAUUCAAAAAGCAUUCUCUCUUCAGAGAGUUUUAAGGAGACGGCUCAACAGAGGACAUCAUCUGCUGGAAACAGAUCGCUUACUGUUGCUUACAAGAAUAACAGAUCUUACGUGGUAAGGGAUGACAAGAUCGGUAUUUUCAAAACGGAUGAAGAAGACAUUGAUUUUGUCGCAACAAUAAAAGAUCUAUCCGAUUUACAAGGAAAAAGGAUAGAUCCCAUCAAUCCUAUGCUUUAUAUGGAAGAUAGAAGUUUGAUUGUUCAAGACUCGGGUAAUAGCAAGAAGAUUUUCAAGAUGGACAUAGAAAGAGGCAAGGUCAUAGAAGAGUGGGGUACUGGCGACAGAAAUGUAAUAAAAGUUGGUCCCACGAAAAAGUUUGAUCAACUAACUGAGGAGCAAACUGUUUUAGCUAUUUCGGAAAAUGGGCUAUUUCAGAUUGACCCAAGACUCAAUAGCAAGGAUAAGGUGGCUCUAGAGAAAUCCAAAGAGUAUGCAACGAAAUGUAACUUUAGCUCCAUUGGAACAACUGGAAGUGGAUAUAUUGCCGUUGGUUCCGAGAAGGGUGACAUUAGAUUAUAUGAUAGACUUGGUAUAAGGGCCAAGACUGCCAUUCCAUCCCUUGGAAAGCCAAUUAAACAUAUCAUCGUUUCAGCAAAUGGAAGAUGGCUAUUGUGCACAUGUGACACAUCGCUUUUGCUGAUAGACUUGACCAUCAAGACAGGUAAGAAUGCCGAUAGUCUAGGAUUUUUGAAAUCUUUUCCUAAAGAUGAGAAUGUAAAAACGUACAUUCUUAACAUCAGCCCCGAGCAUGCCAGUUACAUAGUAACGUCUACCAAAAAACCAAUCAAGUUUACAAAGGCCUCAUUCAAUAUAGGUCUUGGCGAAGAAGAACAAACGAUUGUUACAUCAAGUGGACCAUUUUCCGUAUCUUGGUCACUAAAAAAGAUUCUGAAGGGCGACAGAAAACCUUACAUCAUGAAAAGAUAUGAUGCAAAUGUCAUUGAAAAUAAUUUCGAAUUUGGCACUGAUAAGAACAUUAUUGUUGCCUUGAAAGAUGACGUUGCUGUGACCAAAAUAAAGUCCUUCCAAAGCCCCAAUAAAAAAUUGAUGGCUUCUGACCUCAGUUUUUUUUUGAAAGAUGAGGCGGAUGAAGAGAAAUGA